AUGAAGGCAUUCCAUGUGAAGAUUUUACACGUCCUGCUAAUCUUAGGACUUGUAGCGGCUAAUGUCGGAAAUGGUAGCCCCUUACAAAGGAAACUGAGGAAGGGUAACAGGCAAGGUAUCACAGGGAACCGAAAAACUGUUUACCCUGGCAAUGGGGACGAAUGCUACAGAAAAAACUUUGCAGGAAAUGAACCACCAGUAGGUUUGCGAGAUCCAAUGAACUUCAAAAUAAGAUACAUCUGUCAAAAAGAUUACCAAGAAACCGAUGAUGGAACCCACUAUGGAACAAUGUUCGACAAGCAAUUUGGAAUUCCAGUAUACUCGGCUUACACUCUCACGGAAAAUAACGUAGACUUCAAAGAAUGGGCACGCCCAAAGUGGAAACAAACCGAAGGCAUUGAGGAACAGGGAAGCGACGAGAUCUAUCCCAGCCUACCAUUUCACCGAGGGCACUUGGCACCUGCACGUACUUUAUCAAAUACAGGCCAUAGCGGUGCCGGCUUUCGAUCCACUUUCGUUUACACGAAUGCGGUGCCACAGCGACCAGCACUUAACAGUGGUCAGUGGUCUCAGUAUGAGAGAAGGAUACGCAACUAUGCCGUAAAUCAUUGUACUAAGAAUGAUGGAACUUUAUAUCUCUUAACUGGAAGCUCAUUUGUGCAUUGGAUUCCAAAUACAGACCAAUUUAAGGCCAAUAAGCCAAGCGAAGCACCUAAACUGGCUAAUGAAGAUCUUCCUCAAUUCCCUGCCAUAACAGUCCCCACUUCCCUGUGGACUGCUGGCUGCUGUGUCAGAGGUGGUGAAGCUGUGGGGAAUUUUGCGGUAUUUGGAAACAACGCAGAAAAUCCAAGUGACCUAUACACUGGUCCAAUGUCCAUGCAUACUUUGCAACGGGCAUUAACAACAGAUAAAGCGAGGGGCGAAACAGAGGAUGAAGUCAACUUGUUUCCAGCAUUCCCGGGAUGUAUGGAUGAUGCCAACGGGGUUAAACUGGAAGGACAAAAACGAAUAAGAGAGGAAUAA